AUGAAAAGAAAGCAAAGACAACGGCAAGUGGUAGACCAAGAGAGUACCACAUCAAAGGUUUUGGCUUUGCACUUCAGAUUCGGGGUUUUGAGGUCUUUCCAGCGUUGGUUGCACUGCAUUUUGUCAUGCACGAAGAGAAUGCCCACAUCCCUCGUAUACUAUAGUGGAGGAGCAAUACUUCGGCUCGUUGAUGUGCAACUUCUCUGCCCAAGUGUAAUUGACAAUGUUGACGACAUUGAAGAAAUUGUUGAGUUGUUUGGAGAUGACGCCGAAGAAAAAACAACCAUUUCUGCUUCUGUUGAAGAAAAUGAUGAUGAAUUUGAUGAAAUUGCUACCCUUCCGUCAUCUUCUAAGGGUAAAGUCUCGUCCACUGAGUUAUGCAUUUUGAAGCGUGACUUUCAAAGGACAAAGGAUGAAUUGGCCAAGGUAGCCAAUUCAAAUCGAGCGCUUUGA